UCCGCCUCCUUAUCGUACCUCAUCGUAACACUAUAUUGUCCUCUAUGACACCAGUUACCUGAAAAGAAGAACAUCGCACCUUUCAUAGUGUGCAAACUUUUCAACAAUUAUAUUCAAAUUGUUCAAGUUUUUCAAGAACGGCUUUCCGUCACUCGCUCAUCACUUUUUCUUAUUGUGGCUCCAUAAACAGCAGGAAGAAGAGAUGUCUGUCUGUACAAGCUCAAAGCUUUUUGUGAUUGCUGUUGUCGGCGUGCUGAUCAUUAUGUUUGCAUUCUAUUUCGGGAAUUUGUGUAAUGGGACAAGUGCGCUAGCCUACAAAAAACAAAGGCACUCUUCAGGAUCUCUAAGUUAUAAGUCAUCUUUGCCCACACAACACCGUUUACCUGGUCCAUGCACUUGUCCUGAUGGCUCUAGAAUCCUCAAAGACCACUUCCCACAAGACCAGUAUGAGAAAUUAAUGCAGCGACGAGCUAAAGAGUUCCAGCAAUACAAAGCCAGGACUAAUUCAAUACUAUCCAAGCUACUUUUUGCUUUGCCUAAUUCUCCUCUGCAGUAUCCUAUCCAGGGCGUUAUAGUACGACCCUUGACUGCAACUGCAAUACCAGGUUUACGUCUGCAUGCUGAAGAAGGAAACAGCUAUAAGGUCCUGUUAACUGUGUCUAAUGGUGUCCUAACAACAGAAACUCCAACUGCAGAGGCCACUGUUCAAGGUUCUGGAGAGACAAAACUGACUAUUGAGUCUAGCACCUUGUUGGUCCUCAAUGACCUGCUGGCCAAAGUGUCCUAUACCAGCACCAUCUACCAUAUAAACACUGGAGACCUUGUCACUUUCCAGUUUGAAAACUAUGAAGCCGUGUUUCCCAUUACCAUCCAGCAGCCUCAUGUACCAGUCCUGUAUGACAUGGGAACAGAUAUCAGCUCUCAAGUUACCAUUGUCACAAAGACCUUCCUGCGCUACAAACAACUGAGGGUGUUGUUGGAUAGCAUCCGGAAAUUCUAUAGUAACAUAAAAGUGAUUAUUGCAGAUGACAGCUUAGAACCAGAGAGCAUUACUGGAGAAAACAUCCAGCAUUACAUCAUGCCUCCAGCACAGGGCUGGUUUGCAGGCAGAAAUCUGGCUGUGUCACAGGUUACCACUAAGUACUUCUUGUGGGUGGAUGACGACUUUUUGUUUUCUGAGAAGACAAAGAUAGAGAAACUUGUGGAGGUGAUGGAGGCAGUCCCAGAACUAGAUAUGGUUGGUGGGUCAGUGCAAGGGAACAAGUUUCACUUUUCUAUUCUGUAUGAGGAAGGAGAUGAAAACGAAGGUGGCUGCCUCUACAGGAAGUCUGGUGGGAAAUUCCAUUCCCUUCCUAGUUACCCACAAUGCCAUUUGGCCAGUGGAGUGGUCAACUUCUUCCUGGCUCGUACAGAUGCCAUGCAGAGGGUGAGAUUUGACCCGAAGCUCCAGCGAGUAGCACAUUCAGAGUUCUUCAUGGAUGGCCUGGGCUCUUUGAUGGUUGCCUCAUGUGGUGAUGUGACAAUUGACCAUCAACCUAAAACAAACGGAAACCGUAAUCCUACCUACAACAAAUUCAGAAGCCCUGGAAGAAAUGAUGCAGAAUUCAAACUGCAGCUUCACUUUUUCAAAAACUACCUUAAGUGCAUUAGAUAUGGAUAGAAGACUAUAAACGAACAUAAGGGUCAGUUGUUGUCAUACAUGUUGCACUUCAUCUGAACAUUUUCUUAUUUUUCAUUUGUAUUGUUUUGUCAUUGUUCCAGAAUUGACAGAGCUUGGGAUUAUAAGUGAAAAUAGCUAUUUUGUGGCUUUCUGUUGGGUUUUAUUGUUCCUGAUUUGAUUUCUUAAUUAUUCUAUAGAAAGUUUGAUGUCUUAUGCUAUUGUUAAUAAGGUUAGGGUUAGUUAAUCUAGUAUAUUGAACUUUUAUUGUUCUGUUUUCUCCACUAUUUCUUUUUCUUCAAUAUAUCAAUGCUUUUGUUGCUAGCAGAUGGUCAUAAUCACCCAUAGUUUGCAUGGAUCACACAAACAUUUACUAUUUACUCUCUGAACAUAAAAAAUGAAAACCAAAAAUAUGUGACACAAAUCAGAAAUGGAUAAUGCUCACUUUCAAAGAACUC